UUCGAACGCUUGAAUCUGUGUUAAAAUAGAGCGCCUGGACGUCACUAGAGCUGGUUUAAGAUGGAUGAUGAAUACAUGUAGCAUAGAGUAGGGAAAAGUGAAAUAUAUUACGUUAAAAUGUCAGCUGCAGAGACUGGUGGACAAGACAAAAUACCAGUAUUGAAACGCUCACCAGGGGGCAGUAAAAAGCAGUACCAAUUUAGACAUAGUGACUCAGAAUCAGAUUCUGAUGGCGAAAGUGAAGACAACUCUUCUGCUGUGGGAGUUGUUACCAAUGGCAACCGUGGCACUGACAGUUCCUCUGCACAAACAAACAAGUUGACCCCUGGCAAAGGUCGUAUAAAAGGUCGUAAAUCGAGGUCACAAAGGUCGCAGAGAAAUGACUGGGAGAUUGUGGAAGGAUUGAGAGAUGGACAAAGGUUUGAGAAAGUCCCAGAGAAAUUUGAAGGCUAUCUAUCAAAGAGGAAAAGGUGGCCAAUGAAGGGCUGGCAUAAGAGAUAUUUCAUGUUGGAGAAGGGAAUAUUGUACUAUGGGAAAUCACCCAGUGACAUUCAGAAGGGGAAAUACCAUGGUGUGAUAGAUAUAGGACUCUCUGUGCUAGCCUUCAAACGUUACAGACACAGAAUCGAUAUUGAUGCCGAGGAACUUGUCUAUCAUAUAAAGAUAAAGAGGCAAGUGUUUGAGGAUUGGUUGACACGGUUACGGAACCAUCGUUUAUACAGGCAACAUGAAAUCGCGUAUGGUACGAAAGAAUCUCCGAAACUUACUGAAAUCUCUGCACCUAUGCAAGCUAUGGAAAAUUUAUCCACCUUGACUGCAAAUAUGAGCCUCGCUGAGAAAGCUCGUGAUAGUUCGUUACAUAGAGAGCUUUCACGACACCCUAGCUUGAAAGGUCAAGACCGGGUAGCGACCUGGUUGUUGGACACACAGGGAUUUGAACAUUGCAAUAAAGCACUUGCCCAGGCACAGAGUUUGUUGUACGAGCUACAUAAAGACAUGGAGGAAAUCAGGGAGUUACCCUUCAAUACAGAAAACGCAGUAUUUGAUCUCAAUGAUAGCGAUACAAAUGACAAAAAGAAAAACCGGAGUUUUGGAGGUAGAGUGAUGAAGAGGAGAGAUCAUAAAAGGAAUGCCAGUCUGCAGGAAUCUGAAACCAUUGCUAGUGGUAAUAAACAGAUAAGUUCUCAGCCAGCGACCCCUCAAAUCUGUACGACACCUCCAAGUUUUAAGAUCGCCAAGGAUCAGUUACGCUCCAGCGCAUCGAACCCGAACCUCCAUGUAGAAGAUCGUCCACGCCCAUCUAGUGCCCCGAUGCAGUUGUCACCACAGCACGCUGCAAGAAUUGAAGAGAUCAAAUUACGAGACAGUUUUAUGUCCAAAGCAGAGCAGAUGCAUGACACAUUACGAAUGUUAUUACACUCCAUGGCAACUGAGCGUGACCGUCUGAAGCAGACAGUUGAUAUGGACAACACUCCCGUGGCAACAGGCUCGGCACUGGGGUCUUCCCAUUCUGGUGCAGCAGUAACUUCAUUAAAACAGACACUGGCAGAGGUUUGUCAACAGAACAAAUUAUUAAAGGCACGUUUAGCAAAGAUACACGGGGAAUCGUCACUGUCAGAUUUACAUCUGUCAAGCCCCCCACCCAGCCCCAUAGAACACAGCGUUCCACAGUUGACGCAGUCAUUUUCUGCGGAAAGUUGUUCCAUGUCAGAAUAUUAUGAUGCAGUGGAGGAGAACAAUGCAGAAUCUCUUAGUGAUUCUUCAUCAGAGAGGUCUGAUGAAGAGAUAUCAAGUGACAUUAGUGAUGACAAUGAUACAGAAGUCAGUAUGGCACAUAGUGCAUCAGAAGACAAUAUUCUGACAAAGUUUCAGACUGGUCGUAGAUCUAAACUUCCAGUUCCGAAACCAGACAAGGGGGAUGUGUCAUUGUGGAAUUUGUUGUUCAGGAAUAUUGGCAAAGAUCUGACCAAAAUAUCAAUGCCUGUUACAUUGAAUGAACCUUUAAGUAUGCUACAGCGCCUGUGUGAGGAGUUGGAAUACAGUGACCUGAUAGAUAAAGCCACAGAGUACAAUGAUCCCUAUGAAAGAAUGAUUUAUAUAGCAGCAUUUGCUGUGAGCAGCUAUGCAAGCUCCUGUUACAGAGUGGGUCACAAACCAUUUAACCCUCUACUUGGUGAAACAUACGAAAAUGUACGAGAAGACAGGGGAUGGAGGUUUGUUGCAGAGCAGGUGAGCCAUCAUCCACCCAUAUCAGCAUGCUACUGUGAUUCCAAACAUUUCAAAUUAUGGCAAGAUGUACAAAUAAAGACAAAGUUUUGGGGGAAGUCUAUGGAAAUACAACCUCUUGGAGUUGUUAAUGUUCUCUUGCCAAAGUUCAAAGACCAUUAUCGCUGGAAUAAAGUGACCACUUGUGUCCAUAAUAUACUCGGAGGUCAAAGAUGGGUCGACCAGUUUGGUGAAAUGACCAUCACAAAUGGGAAUAUAGUCUGUAAGCUGACAUUCACUAAGGCAAGUCACUACUACCAGUCGGACAAGAGGCACGAGGUUUAUGGAACCAUUCUCAACCCAGAAGGAAAAGUGGUCCAUAAUUUGUUUGGUAAAUGGAAUGAGGCCCUGUAUUGUGGCCACGCCCCCUCAGCCAGGUGUAUAUGGAGGCCAGGUACUAUGCCAGAAGAUUAUGAAGUGUACUAUGGUUUUUCACGGUUCGCAAUGGAGCUGAACGAGGUUUUACCGGAUGAAGCUUCGAUGCUCGCGCCGACAGAUUCGAGAUUUAGACCAGACCAGAGAUUGUUGGAAGAAGGCAAGAUAAAUGAGGCGGAGCUUGAAAAGUCAAGGGUGGAGACCCUACAGAGAGACCGUCGAAAGAAAAGGGAGGCGGCUAAGGAAGAAUGCAAACCUGUAUGGUUCAAGAAAGAGAAGAUUAAAGGAAAAGACUAUUACUCGUAUGACAACAGGUACUGGGAAUGUCGUAAAGAACCAGGCUUUAUGAAGAUGACUUUACCCAAGAUCUGGUGAUUGUGUUCAAGUAGUGCCUAGAUAGUGUAUCAAUUUGAACUAUAGUAUAAGUAGACAGUGCUAUUAGAGAAAAAAUUAAUACUAGUACAUUAUCCCUCAGCCUGCUGGAUCCAAAAACUGAUAAUGAGCCUUUGCCACCAGUAUAGAGCCAGGCCAGCCUGCGCAUCCAUGCAGUCUGACCAAGCUCUAUACUGUUGGUUCACUCCCUUUAAAUUUGAGUUCAAAUCACAAACACCUCACCACUGUGGAUUCGAAUCCUGACAGGGACUCUUCCUGACCAAGCUUGUUGAAGAUGGUUAUACUCACUACUUAGGUCCCUGUUUGUGCCAUAAAAAUAAUGCACAGAGGGGCACCUGGUGUCUACCUCCACCAGUAAAGCAGGAAACUCACUUUCUGACCUAUACUGUGUUGAUGGGACGUCUAAAAUUGAUAAUGAACAGUUCUAGAAAUAGACGCAACGACAAGUCUAAGUGUAGAAAUUCCAUCGACACCUAACCUUUAAAAAAACUUUAAAAUUUUCAUUGUGAUAUCCCUAAAAUUGAUAAUGAACAGUCUCAAAAACACACAAUAAGGCAAGUCCAUUUUAGAAAUUCAGCAGGUUAAGGGUUAUAUGUCUAGACAAUGUAGUAAUUGAAAUAUUGAAUGCUUACACUGUGUAGUAAGUUAAAUAUGAUUUAUGAUUUACUCUUUUUGUACUUGCUAGUACAAUGCAUGUGUCAUAAUAUAUGCUAAAAUAAUAUUCAAAUG